UUUGUAAAUAUUUUCAGCAACGUUGUUGCUUUAUUUCUUUUAGUGAAAUAUGUGAUUCAUUUCGGAAAAGAGAAAAGUGUUUUUACAUUGGUAAUCGCGUCAUUUAUUUUGUGUGCAAUUAUUGUGAAAUUUUAAUAUGGAGCUUAAGGAAAAGGAACAAGAGUCUACGGAUACGAAAAAGCCCACAUUUCUGAACGUUAUGUGCGCAAUUUGUUUUGAAUUUUACGACAAAUCAGAUCGCAUCUAUUCCACGACCUGCGGUCAUUUAUUUCACAAUCGAUGCUUGUUUGCCGCAUUAAAUCAUUCGAAAUCAUGCCCUGAGUGUCGGCGACCUUGCACACGCAACAGAGUGCAUCCGGUAUUCUUGAAUUAUGGUGAACGUACAGAGAUGGACGUAAAAUGGAGUGAAUCUGCUGCUGCCGAUGCAUAUGCAAAUAUGCCCAUUUGGACACCACUUUUUGAAUUAGAGUUGCACGGUUCCGCGCGUGUACCAAUGGCACCUCCAGAACCUGACGAAGCUAUUCAAACUGGAACUGAUUCAGAAGGCAAUGCUACUUAUGUUGCGCGCGUCUAUUUCCAAGAUGAUCUAUUGCCGGCUGGUUAUGUACCCGCCAAGGGCGUUGCAUAUGCUUCUCAUGGCUGCAAUGGCUAUGCCUUUAGUCAAAAUGUUGAAUUAUUAAAUAACUUUAAACACAAGUGGGUAGCCGAUAGAGAUGGUCAUGUGCCAGAAGGUGCCAUAGUGGGUGGCUAUUCUGAACUUGGUGAAAAUUUAUAUGUGGCACGUGCGAAAUACAAUGAAAAGACGUUGCUUGGUAAGGUACAUCCAUCUCAUAGGGUAAUGUAUAUGCCGUAUGAUGGAAUUGAGGUGCACACAACCGAGUACGAAGUACUAGUACAAGAAAAUAUCACAGCGGAGAGUAGCGACGAAGCAAAUGAUGAAGCUUAAUAGUGCAAUUGUGUGAAUGUAGGAAUGUAGGAGCGACCGAACAAAGAUUCGAAAAGAAACCGAGCCGAACAUUUUCAAGGGCCAAAGUAAUAAAUAAGCAAUAACUUAAAAAAAUCCAAUAUUUUUAUUAAUCGAGAAGCAUAAGAGGUGGCACCAUCUCUCGGUAUACCUGUAGAGCUGACCUGCACAGCAUGAACAAAUCCUCACUAGUCGCCCUGGAUGGAGGGGCACAUAAUUUAUUGCAACAUAAAAUUUAGACUUUGACAUCAUUAUUUAAAAAUGUUAUAAUUAUUAAAAGUUUUUACAACUUCUGAAAAAAAAAAACAAUUUAAAGAAAUGUUCGGCCAAAGUCCGUUUUUUUUUACUAAAGCCGAACUGAAAUUUUGUGGCCGCAGUCGAAGUUUGGUCGUUCUCUAGUGGUAUGAAAGGAAAGCUAAUAAUUAAAUUUGGAACCAAUUGCUGGAUGGUUACGAUCUUUUUGUUUUUGUUUUUAAUUUGAAUAUAGAUUUGACUACAUUUGAGCUAAGCUGUGGUUAAGCACUCUGCACUUGCACACAUCCAAAAAAACACUUAAAAUAGUAUAUUGCCUAGACAUGUGGUCAUAAUGAUAUUACUUAUUAAGGCGAAAAAUUAGUUUUAUUUAAAUACAUACUAAUAGCGAAAGAAGUAAAUAAUUUACUUCGGAACUACACAUAUGCUGCAUAGAUAAUCCAAUUAUUACUAUACAAACAUAUGUACAUUUGUAGCCCCCGUAGCCGAAUGGGUAUGAGGGCAUGAUGAAACACCUCAAGGUUAGGCAUGUAAUGGCAAGCCGCGUGUACUGCCAUGAAAAAAUUCCUCUUAAAAAUGCAUCUGUCGUUCGGAGGCGGGAUAAAACUAAAAGUCCCUCCAUUUUUAAAGCGACAUCAAGGGCGCACAUGAUCAUUGGUGAAGGAGUUCGGCUACAUAUCUAACAAAGAAUAUACAUACGCGCUAAUUAUAUAUCCUAUACAUAUAUGUAUGUACAUAUAUACACAUGAAUAUGCAAUUUUAAGGAGGUGCAUGUGUACAUAAAUUCAAUCUUAAGUUUGCCAAUCAAUGUGUAUACUUUUAAAUAAAGAAAUAAUAUAAAAGUUGUAAUUAAACUUGGAUCUUUAAUUAUGUAAGUUUUAUUAGGGCAACCCUCUUAGUAUCGGUUCUGGAACACACAACACAAACUUUGAAAUAUUUACGCAUGUGACAUUGAUUGUUUAAAAUGAUUUAUUCUUUAAAACACAAUAUUUAUUUAAUACUAUAUUAAAAUAUUUAUAGU